AUGGGUCCUCUGGGCUCUUGGCUAUUGGUACUGCAACUCCUGGGUUGGGUGUGGGUGGGCCAAGCCGGCGUGGGCAACAGUUUCAAGGACUGCAGCCAGUUUCUGUUCAUGAGAACCCCCCCAGUGGGUUUCCGGGGUGGAGAACUGCGGCAGAUCUGCCAGCGCUACAACGAAAAGCCACGUUUUGCCACGCUGUACGACCGCAGCCGCCGCGUGCCCAUCUACUCGGCUUACACCUUCAAGAAGUCUGACGGCCAGGAAAGGAUGGACACACCCUGGAUGUAUGAGCCACAGUUGGCCUCGCAGGAAGAGAACAGCAACAUGAGAGUGCUACCACCUGCAGAGCAAAUGGACCCACUGAUCGAAGAGAGCCAGGCUGUCCUGCAGGACUUUACAGAUGCCGUAUUGUAUGAGCGGGGUGCACUCAACCCGGACCAGCACCAGUCCUCUAGUGAGGACAAGGCUGCUACCUAUACUCUGACCAAUCAUGUGCCUCUGGUUACCAUCUUCCUGGAGGAGUCUUGGACCGCCUAUGUUGACACUGUGCGCCAGCGGCUCAACAACUUCUGUCAUGGCAAGGCUUACGUGAUGACAGGUGUGGCAGUUUCUGGACUGAUGAUCCGCAGAGGGAACACUGACCGCUUGGCGGUCCCCAGGUAUCUGUGGUCGGCCUACUGUUGUCCUCGCUUCGAUAGGAAUUCACCUUAUGAGGUGCGCUUCAUGUUCCCCACCUAUGCUGCCUAUGGCAUCAACCAGGAGGUGGGGCACAGCGUUCAGGAGGUCCCACUCAAGACUCUGGAGAGCAAACUGAAGAACCAGACAAACGUGGAUCGAAACCUAUCGCUUUUUUACAAAGACUGCAUUGUGGAGAACAUUAUUAAGAGAAGGAAGAGAUAG